AUGGACAGGGUGCGCUUCGGAGACCAGAUGGACUACAAGUCACAGACCUCGAGCGAGGCUUUUCGUGCCGUAGCAGACUGCUUGAUCCAGCGUCACCGAAACAACGUAGCCAUCAAUGACCUUAUUCUCACAAAAUGCAUCAAUCUGGGCGAACAUGCGGUGGCAAUAUUCAGGGAACUCGUGCCGACGGUAUUUUGGGACGGCAAUGUCAACUCAGAGGAUGUAAAAUUCGGAUUGCCAAGACCGCCAAGUCAGUCAAAGACAUGGGCGUCGAGGAUAGCUUUCAAAGUCAACAUCAAGAUUGGCGUAAUGAUCACGCAUCCUGUCCUCACGAAUCGCAUCCAUUUGGGCGAAAAGAGACUUGAAAGGCUCGUUCCUAGAGUCUAG